AGACUUAGAAGGACAAGCGUGGCACGCGCUUUCAGCAAACUAAGGCAGCCACGCUGCCGGCCGGUUAUCUUCUUGCCACUUGCCAGUUAUCGGUCGUGCGUCCGCGAGAAAGAGGAUGGCUCGUUCGCUCCGCGAUUAACCCGUUUUCUCCUCUAAUCCCGCUCAUGUUUAUCUCAUCUGGAGUAGCUUCGAUUGCCCGCGAUUGCCGAAAUCUCUUAACGUCCGCGGUGAUUUUAAAGUGAAGGGGAUUUUAAAGCGAGACGAGGCCUUUGAAAAUGCCACGCGUGUAAGACAGAAAGGGCAAAAGAUAUUCCCGUUACCCCCGACACUAGCCUGCAGUAGCUGUUUUGCAUGACACCGCGAUGCACACGUCAGAGGAGAUAAAUAAUUGGGGCGAAAAUGGGUUAAUCUGUACGAAAUGAAACAAUCGCGCGCAGAUUUUGCUAAGUAAGUGCUCCAACGUGUAUAAUGUUCGGCUCGUUCAGCGAUCGCAGUCGGGGGUGCGUUUGAUGGAAAGGUCUCGUGAAAUUGCCCUUCGAUGGUGCAUGAUUCAAAUAAAUCGAAUAAAACGUUCGUGCAAGUGGAUUGUUUUGAUAGUGCGCAUCGUGCAUCGUUCUGGCCUCGGUGACUGUGAUUGUGAAUUGCCAUCGAUUUUCAAAAUUCCUAGAUCAGCCCGCAAAAAUCUAUAAAAAAAUUGCUGGUGGAUUCUACAUAAGGAGCCGAGGUGGCUUCGUCCGUUUAUGGAAUCGCGUACAUCACUCGUCACGUCACGAGCGAGGGCUCGUUUAAAUAUCCGUCCUGAAAAUAAAGACAUUGACACGAUCGAGGCGUUCAGUGCACGAUGAUGCUGGAUGGGAAUCGGCGCUCGUAGCGGCGUCCAACAGGAAGAUUAUGAGCCUAAUAAGGCUCUCUAGAUUGCCAGCGCACGUGGAGACUGAGAUAUGGCCGCGGUAGCUGGCAUUUAUGGCAUUUCGGAUGAUCGACACGUCAGACACAUCGAUCACCGGCAACGUGACCAAAUAUCGCUGCCGAAACUCAGCAGCCAGGACGAGGAUGGGACGAACCCCCACACCCAAUACACAGGCGUCACACACUUCGAACCCAUACCGCACGAUCAUGACUUCUGCGAAAGGGUCGUCAUCAACGUGAGCGGGCUACGGUUUGAAACACAGCUGCGUACGCUGAACCAAUUUCCGGACACGCUGCUCGGCGAUCCGACACGGCGGCUCCGAUACUUCGAUCCACUGCGCAACGAAUACUUUUUCGAUCGGAAUCGACCUUCCUUCGAUGCCAUACUCUACUACUAUCAGAGCGGUGGCCGCCUACGCCGCCCGGUCAACGUUCCGCUCGAUGUCUUCUCCGAGGAAAUCAAGUUCUACGAGCUGGGCGAGAUGGCUACCAACAAGUUCAGGGAGGACGAGGGCUUCAUUAAAGAGGAGGAGAAGCCGCUGCCGUCGCACGAGUUUCAGAGGAAGGUCUGGCUCUUGUUCGAAUAUCCGGAAAGCUCGCAGGGUGCCCGAGUGGUCGCCAUAAUUUCCGUCUUCGUGAUCCUCCUGUCGAUCGUGAUCUUCUGUUUGGAGACACUACCCGAAUUCAAGCACUACAAGGUCUUCAACACGACGACAAAUGGCACGAAAAUCGAGGAGGACGAAGUGCCGGACAUCACGGACCCGUUCUUCCUAAUAGAGACUAUCUGUAUCAUCUGGUUCACGUUCGAGUUAACAGUGCGCUUCCUCGCCUGCCCAAAUAAAUUCAACUUCUUCCGUGACGUAAUGAACAUCAUCGACAUCAUCGCGAUCAUUCCAUAUUUCAUCACCCUCGCCACGGUAGUGGCCGAGGAGGAGGACACGCUGAAUUUACCCAAGGCGCCGGUAAGCCCGCAGGACAAAAGUACGAACCAGGCGAUGUCCUUGGCGAUACUCAGGGUGAUCAGGCUGGUCCGAGUGUUUCGGAUAUUCAAGUUAUCCAGGCACAGUAAAGGCCUCCAGAUCCUCGGGCGAACCCUCAAGGCCUCCAUGAGGGAACUCGGGUUGCUCAUCUUUUUCCUUUUCAUUGGUGUGGUGCUAUUCUCGUCGGCGGUAUACUUCGCGGAGGCCGGCUCCGAGAAUUCGUUCUUCAAGUCCAUUCCGGACGCGUUCUGGUGGGCCGUUGUCACGAUGACGACCGUGGGCUAUGGUGACAUGACGCCCGUGGGAGUUUGGGGGAAAAUUGUGGGCUCGUUGUGCGCGAUCGCCGGUGUCCUAACGAUUGCUCUACCCGUUCCCGUAAUCGUCUCCAAUUUCAACUACUUCUAUCAUCGUGAGACUGACCAGGAGGAGAUGCAAUCGCAGAACUUCAAUCACGUGACUAGUUGCCCGUAUCUUCCUGGCACCUUAGGCUUGAAGAAAAUCUCGAUGUCGGAGUCCUCAUCGGAUAUAAUGGAAUUAGAGGAAGGCACCCUAUUUACUCAUCCAGAGAUUACGAAGAAGUCAAAUUGCAACCCUCGCCAUAAUAACAAUAUCAAUCCAGCCUGCAUGAGCAUCGAGACUGACGUCUGACUACUAGUGAAGGAGACGGUGGCAGCGUGGUGGCCGUUACUGAGCCAGUUGUCAAAGGGCAACUGCAUCUCCCUACGGUGCCUGACGUAGGCCUCCUUCACCUCUGUCAUCAUAGUCGUAAGCGGCUGGCAUCACUCGCCAGCCUGUCCAGGUCCGUUAUUGCGAGGGGCGUCUCGGGUCAGAAACACGCGAAGGAUCACCGGGAUCGUGGUCCUUCGGGGAGCCUGAUCAGGCUGCUUUUUCCAUCUGAGACGUAGCGAGAAACGGAAGAGAGGUAGGGUGGGUCCAAGGACGUGCGGGAAGCGAGAAAUGGGGAUGGGAUAAAUCUGUAGCCUAUUCUCGAGACAUCGUCGCCUACCCUGCCACCUUCUCAACGAGCUUGCGCCCCGCGUAAGGACCCACGUGCGAACGAAGGGGGCGGGAUUAUUCUCGUUUGUGUGCGAGCGUGCACGCGUACGGCCCAACCCCCGACACCACCGACUCCAGUGUUCAAAACAAAAAAAAUAAAGAUAACAAACGAUAGAAACAUCCGAAGAAGCAUCACGGCGUUCUCGUAUAAGCGCUGCUGAGUGUCCCCCCGUCCUUACGGGCUCCUCCGACUUUCGGAAUGCCACACGGGUGAAAUAGAGAAGGAGGAGCUAGUAGGUAGCGGAAGCAACAAAUGGGGAACGUACCAGAUAAUAUUAUAUUAAUUAUUAUCGGUAUAAAUUAAUUGCGUACCGUACACGUAGGGCGAGGGUAAGUUAACAAAGUAUGUUUUAUGAUAAAUCGCGGACAUGCGAGGACAUUUAAAAACUGCUGCUUGCGGAAGAGACAAAAGAGGGAAACCGACAAGGAAGCUUGCGAAAGAUGCAUCAAGAAUGAAGGACCGAACCAUAAUCACCACAGACAAAGAGAAAGAGAGGGGAGGGGGCGGGAGGGAAGGAAAACGAGAGUUAGAGAUGGAGUGUGUGUACGGCGUAGACUGUUCCGUUCCUCUUUGGUUUUUCUUUUUUUUAACCGAAGGACACCGAAUAAGCCGAUUUUCGAAUCUAUUUACCAUUACGAUAUGUUAUUCGACAAUUUAUCCUUUCGUUACAUUCUUGUUACAUUCGCACACAUGCACAUGUAAUACAUUUAAAUGUUGAUAAAGCGAUAACGUCGAACAUUAAUUGACGAAGUUCAAUCAUUUCUUAAAAACGAAAGGGUGAUCAAUUUCAGAUUAUUGAUUGUCGCAUAAUCAGAUUUGCAGAAAUGAUGACCUAAACAAUUUUUAUGAUAUCCACAAUGUGAUUACAAAAAUUAUUCUAGCAAUUUUGAAUUGCACCCCCGCUGCUUAAAAUUACUACCGUAAAAUUAUAUGUAGAUUGCAUUUUUCAAGAAGCUUCUCGACAUUCAAAUUAUAGUACAACGUUGUGUUUAUGUUUAAAGCUCUUAUCGUAUGCAAGAGUCAUCUAUUCGCUUGUCCGAGGCUAAGGGAAGCAGAAACUACGUACCAGUAUUAAGUGACGGGGGUGUAUAUAUUGAAUAGCGAAUUCCGAGAUGUUAUACAAUAAAUCGGAUAUGAAUAUCAAGACGAUGCGAGAAAUUGUAACGAUAAGAAACGUCCAACAACCAAAAAAAAAACCGAAGAUGUCUGCCGAUGGCGCGCGAAUUUUAUGCCCAAAUCAUAAUUUCAAUCUCUCAAGCGUACAGUUUGAUAUUUCUGUCUUCGAUAUGUGCGAUAACCAUUUCUCGAAAAAUCGUGGUUGAUUGCUUGCAGAAGCAAGAUAGCGACGAUGACAACUAGCACGAACAAGAGUUUGAAACAUGUAUGUUGAUAAUAAUUCGUAUAUCACGUUCUUCGUCUUUAUUCAAGCUCAAAGAUGAAAGGAUCACUGUGAUUACUUACAAAAAUAAUUUUUGAUUGAGCUGUCAAGGCUACCUCUUUGACGAUGAACAACAGAAACUUGUAACACGUUGAAAGAAAGCUUAUAUAUAGCUCUUAUAGCUUUCCUCUUCCUCUCUUAUAAGUAAAUUAUUUUAUGUGAUUAGUAUUCUUUGCAAAGGUGGUUUCUAACUUGUUCGGAGAAGAAAAACAUUGCACUGUGUGUCAGUUUGAUGACAGAAAGAGAAGAAGCCAGUGUUUCAAGCUCUAAGUUAAACAGCAGUUUGUGUCAAAAAAAGGAAGAGGAAGACAUGUGAUACUGAAAUAAGCUACUGUCUGGAGAACGAAUUGGCAUGCCAAUCGAUCCUCGCACCCAAUCACACAGAGUUUUCAAAUCCGUUCAUCUUUUUCCGUACGACGAAAGUACGUUGCAGAAUUGCCAAGACUGCCAUUUCACAUCUCUCGAUUUAUAUCGCGCCAAGGUGUUACCCCAAGUACAUUCUACGGAGUCAAACCGACCCGACCCGAUCCGAUCGAUCCCCGAUAUGCUGAUUCGAUCUGAAUUCCAAAGUCGACUCAUGGGACGUAUCUUCGCUCGCAUAGAGUUCAAGAGCACGAGGAAGGAAUCCGCAAAAGAGAAAAUGCAAAGUCAUUGUUCCAUUUCUCAAAGUUAUCAAUAUUCGAUCGCCGCUUGAUUCGACCAAAAAAAGAAAGAACAAAGCCACUCACAUAAACUUUUUCAGUAUCUCAUUACUGUAACGUUAUAUUGUCCAUUGAUUGUCACAAAGACGGUUCAGUUUUGUUAAUAGUGGAAGCUAAUUAAAAUUUGCAGAAUAAGGAUUCUAUUAAAAUCUUUGUGUUCAAUUUGAUACUGAAGGAGUUAAUUAUUUUAGAAUAGAAAGAAGACGCACGGCAUGUAAUUUAAGGCUGAUACAUAAUGAAGAUUUUAAAUAAAAUAUAGGAGCAAGAAUUAAAAAAUUAGCCAAUACUAACUUAAAGAAUAAAGAAGUAGUUUUCUUUAUUCGUAGCGGUAAUACACGAAAAAAAUAUAGAUGCUGUUGAACGGCAAAUCAACGGAAUAAUCUCAAUAUUAUGAUUGUCAGUUUUUCAUAAUGUGAGAAUUAGCGAAAUGCUUAGAAGAGGCAUUUAAUUAGAAAAUAAACAUGAUUGAGGCAUCAAAUAUUAAUGUUCUCCGUUUUUUAAGGCGGAAGUAGUUUUGCACUGUAAUUGGUGCAAAAGCGUAUAAGGAUCGAUCAUGGAUAUAUAUUGAUUCUCUAUUCGUUAUUUAACGCAUCAUUAAAUGUUUGUGUGCUAAUACCAAUUUGCAUUGGUUAUUCUUAUAUUUCAUUCUGUAUCAGCCAUUUUAGGCAAGCAAACAAUUAUGUGGGAAAACGACGAAGCAAAUAACCAGAGGGAGAGAAAAGAAAGAGGAAACAAUUGAUUCGAUUUUAUUAGGUAAUUUUAGAAGUGGAUUUAACAGAUGACUGAUCUCGUCUUUUAAUAGACACAAUGUUGAUAAUGAAAUUUUAGUCCGCAGUAUGAUAGAGAUCGCAAAAGAGAUAGAGAGGAAGAGAGUGACAUGCCUGUGUGCGUGUUUGCGUAUGUAUGUAUGCGUGUGUGCACGUGAGAGGUGAGAAUGUGAGUGAGAGUUGGAGUGUAUGAUAGAGAAAGAGAGAAAAGAGAGAGAGAGAGAGAGAGAGAGAGAGAGAGAGGAGAGAGAAAGAGAGAGAGAGGUAAAAUAACAUAUUACUGAUACAAUAAUUACACGAAGAUUUACGUUACACGCUUUCAAUACAAUACUCAAAUCUUUCGCCUCGCUGAUUUAGUCCGAGAAAGGACGCGCGCGCGCGUAUAGAA